AUGUCGCAAUUGAACGAAGAUCAGAAAAGAGUCUUCGAUAAAGUAUGCCAAGUUUUACAGAAUCAAAAUCAGAUUCUGCGACUGUAUGUAAGUGGCGAGGGUGGUACAGGGAAAAGUUUUCUUAUUGACACAAUUAAACAUUGGAUUUCCUUAAAUUUGGAAAAAGUGACUGCCAUAUCAGCUCCCACGGGUAUCGCGGCAUGCAAUAUCAAUGGCUUGACGAUUCAUAGAAUGUUUCAGCUACCAGUCACCCAUGAAUCUACGGCAAAAUAUACGCACUUGUCAGAUAUGGUCUUGAAAACUUUGAGAGAGAAAUUGAAGAAUGUAGAAUUAUUUAUAAUCGAUGAGGUAUCUAUGAUUUCGAAUGUGACACUUAUGUUUAUCAAUCUACGAUUAUGUGAAAUCUUCGAUACGACAGAUGUAGAUGAUGGUUUCUUUGGCAGAAAACACAUUAUUCUGUUUGGAGACUUGUUGCAGCUUCCUCCUGUAAAAGAACAGUUUCCAUUCGUUAAAAUGUCUCGAUCGGAGGUUCAGAAGUAUUUAGGUACCAUGGGUGGAUCUGAUUUGUGGAGAUUGUUGGAUUAUGACGAACUCUUGCUUAAUAUGCGACAAAGAUGUGACAACGCAUAUCGCGAGAUACUUUCCAGAGUACGAAUAGGCUUGGUAACGGAUUCUGACAUUAAUGUUCUUCAGUCGAGAAAAAUCAAUUUCAAAGGGAGUAGUUGCGACGAAAGAUUGAAUGAACUUUGCGCUUAUAUGAAUCAAUUACCGAUUGAUACGAUAUGUUUAUUACCUACAUGUUAUUUGUGCAAGAUAUUUAACACGGCAAUGCUCGAUAAAAUUGACGGCGAUGAAAUUCUAUUGAUAGCGGACGAUGAUGUCGACUGUGCUCCAGCAAUGAGAAAAAAAGUACAAAAAAUUUUGGAAGAGAAAGAUGAUAAAGUUUCGGAGACAGCUGGCAUUGAAAGGGUAAUAGCGAUUAAAAUUGGCGCUAAAGUGAUGAUUCGACGAAACAUUGAUGUAACUUUGGGACUUGUCAAUGGAACGAUAGGCAAUGUAGUUGCGGUUAAUCGCUCUGUUGACGGAAAUCGUAUUGAUUCCAUUAAAAUAGUUAUUUCUAAUAAUAAAGAGGUUACAAUAACAAAAGUAGAUAUUAAAUUCGAAGUAUUCCACAAAGUGAUGGUACAUCGAAAACAAUUUCCAUUAUCUCUCAGUUAUGGAAUAACUAUACACAAAAGUCAAGGAAUUACGUGUAAAAAUGCAAUGAUGGAUCUAGGAACGAGUGUGUUCAGUGAUGGUCAGGCUUAUGUGGGUCUGUCACGAGUGAGUACACUGGGUGGCCUACAUUUGAUAAAUUUUAAUCCAGCAUCCAUUAAAGCAAACUCGGGCGCCAUUGCAGAAUAUAAUCGACUGAGAUCUGUGUUCAAAUCUCAGCUACCACAAAUCAAUUCGUCCAAAAAAAAGGCUGUGAAAAUUCACGACUGUCGAUGGGCCAUACCUAAUAUCAUUGAUGAUGUACAGAAUUAUGGUUGCGAGGAAUCAGAAAGUAUCGUUACAUGGAAAAUAUACGGCCUCUGCAAUGACGAUCGUGUCUCGUGUUAUGCUAAUGUAAUAUUGCAAUGUGCGUUUCAUUGUGUACGUAUCAGGCAACAAAUACUGAAAAAUAAAGUAUCGAAUCCAUUGACUGAUGCUGUCUGCGCAUAUGCUGAGCGUAGGCGUUGCAACAUUCUAGCGGUUAGAAGAUCUGUCGGAGAACGUUUCGAAGAACGAACACAACAAGAUGUUUCGGAAUUUUUCACGGCUCUAACGUCGACGUAUUCCGAAAUCAAUGAUGCAUUAGAAAUCGAAUUGAAGCACGUAAUAUGUUGUUCAAAUGUCAAAUGUAAUUACAGUGUAACUACGCUGGAAAAGAGUUGUUUGCUAAUGUUACCUAUACAGUCGACACUAAAAAGGAAAAAGGGUGUCACUCUGCAAACUUUGAUUGAUUUAGAAUUUUCAAAGUGGGAAACGAUAAAUGGUAACUGUAACGAAUGUAAAGGUAUCGUUCUGAAAAAGAAAACCGUAAUCGAAUCCACUUUAUCCGUCUUAGUAAUACAGCUCAAUUUAUACACUUUUGUAAACGGUGCUUCUAAAAAAAUUAUCCAGAACCGGAUUAAUGCCGUACCGACGAGUAAUGUCACGAUUAAUAAAAAAAAGUACAAGGUAAUAAGUGCAAUAUUUCACGAGGGUGAAGAAAUGAAUCGUGGUCCACUAUACGUCUAUGUUGAGAACAAGCAAAAAAUCGGUAUGGUGUUACUCUAA